AAUUCCCAGCCCAGGACCCAGUGCCUUCACCAUGGUGAAGUUGCUGCCCGCACAGGAGGCAGCCAAGAUCUACCACACCAACUACGUGAGGAACGCGAGGGCCGUGGGCGUGAUGUGGGGCACGCUCACCAUCUGCUUCUCCGUGCUGGUCAUGGCACUCUUCAUCCAGCCCUACUGGAUCGGUGACAGCGUCAACACACCCCAGGCAGGCUACUUCGGCCUUUUCUCCUACUGCGUAGGCAACGUGCUGUCAUCGGAGCUCAUCUGCAAGGGUGGGCCACUGGACUUCUCCUCCAUCCCCUCUAGAGCCUUCAAGACCGCCAUGUUCUUUGUGGCCUUAGCCAUGUUCCUCAUCAUUGGCUCCAUCAUCUGCUUUAGCCUGUUCUUUGUCUGCAACACCGCCACUGUCUACAAGAUCUGUGCAUGGAUGCAGCUGGCUGCUGCCACAGGCCUGAUGAUCGGCUGCCUGGUCUACCCAGACGGCUGGGACUCAAGUGAGGUGCGACGCAUGUGUGGGGAGCAGACGGGCAAAUACACCCUGGGCCACUGCACCAUCCGCUGGGCCUUCAUGCUGGCCAUCCUCAGCAUUGGAGACGCCCUCAUCCUCUCCUUCCUGGCCUUUGUGCUGGGCUACCGGCAGGACAAGCUGCUGCCUGACGACUACAAAGCCGACGGAAAAGUACCUACACUCUUUGUAUCAUCCAUCUGCUCAGCCAAUAGUAGCUCUUGUGCUCCAGUUGCCUACCGAUACUUUUAGGCCCAGGGUGUUCAGUGAAGAAGGAAAGCCUGCAUUUGGACCUUAAGGCUGAAAAGGGAGGUGCUCAUGCAAUAUGGAAUCACAAGCUGGGAUAAACAUUGUGAACAAGAAGUGAAAGCUUUCUUGUGAGUGAGUAAGAGGAAUGGAUUGAACUAGUUUGGAGAGGGAAUAGUGUUAGGGAAUUAAACCUGAAAAGAAGGCUUGGUUGUUAAACAAAUACUGUUCUUUAUCAUUGCAGAGGAAGUCUGAAGCAGCUGGAGUGUUGGUGAGUAAUUCUUUGGAAGGGCUGUGGCCUCUGUUUCCUUUUUGAAUCAUCAGGUGGCAGGUGGAAUGACUCAGGGGGCUGGGCUGUAGGACCUGGGGAGAGAAGGGUUGGGGGUAUGGGGAUGGGGGCAGCAGCUAGCUGGCAUCUGAGACCUUCACUGAGGGGCAAACAGGAGCCUUUUAGUUUUACUUGUGUCUGGAGAAGUGCAAAAAGCAAAGGGAGAGAAGAAAUAAUUUAAAAUAGGCAGGUAGUUUCAUAAACUCAUCUUUUUUGUGGAGCUUGGCAAACAAGAAGAGACUGUAGAAGUCAUUAUUGUAAUUUGGAACCUUAUUUUCAGAAUGAAUUUUAAGUGAUUUGUAAGAAACAUACUAGAAAACCUAAUAUGAUAGAAAAUAAAAGUCAUAGAGAGGAAAACAAAUAUUCCAGAAAGCUAGGCUAAUAGAAUUAGUGUAUUGAGCAUUAAAUUUAGCUCCUUGCUUCCUGACAGCCAAAGCAAAAAAGCAAAACAUGAUUUAGUCAGUUUUAAUGUCUGGUUAAAAAGGAAACACAACAUAUUAAUUUCUUUAUUGUCUUUUAAGUUCCCAAAAUAUGAUUUAACAAGAACAUGAAGGAAAGCAUUUACAAAGAAAGAGGGGAGUUCCUGUUGUGGCUCAGAGGGAUAAGAACCCGACAUGGUGUCCAUGAGGAUGACAGCCAUAAAAUAUAAGAGGGGUUCCUUGGUGGCUCAGUGGGUUAAGCGUUGUUGCUGUUGUGGCACAGGUUUGAUCCCUGGCCCAGGAACUUCUGCACGCUGAAGGCAUGGCCAAAUAAAUAAAGAACAAGGGAGGAAGGGAAGGAGGAAAGGAGGAAAGAAGAGCAUGAGAAGGACUAGCUCACAAUAGUAUCACCUCCCCAACAGCUGCCAUUUAUUGAGGAUUUAUAUCAGGUCAGGCACUUUGUGUGAGUAGAAGUGAUUAUCUCAAUUUACACUCCAUUUAAACUAUUUUAAUUUUUGCUAAGAAUCUUUCAACACUUGACCAUGUAGACUUAGGGAUGGAACCCAUGCCACAGCUAUAAUCAGAGUUAGAGCAGUGGCAAUGCUGGAUCCUUAACCUGCUGAGCCAGAAGGGAACUUCGACAUACUUUUUGAAUAAUUAUAAGUUAGCACUGCCUCCUCCACAUUUAUUAGAUGGUUCUCAAACAUUAAUAUGGGUAAGUCAGCUGGGGGGUUAAAAUUCAGACUGAUUCAUUUGAAGUGGGACCAAACACUGCCAUUUUUAACCAGCUCCCUAGUGAUGGCCUGCUGGAUAGGGGUUACACUUCGAGUAGCAAACUAGCAAAGACAUGUUCUUAUGUUUCUGCAAGGUUCAUUAUUAAAGUCUUUCAAAGCCAAACUCCACAGCACUGUUGUACCAUUUCAUUGCUGAAUCAGACUGUAGUUAGCCAUUUAGGACUCCUCUCAUAGAUAACUUUGCUUCUGUUGAUAAAUUCUGGAGUGGAAUUACUGAACCAAAGGUAACUACAGCUGUCUGCUUUUUACUUUUUCUUGCACUACAUUUUAUUUAUAUCUUAAAAGACAUUUAUGAGUUUUUGAGAGACACUGAAACUAUCUCGUACACUAAUGAGGAAGUUUGCAUGUCUGAGGUAGAAAUGAAUUAAAAUGUGAGCAUGCAUGUGGGCAAGUUUUGUGUUUUUAUUGGCUUAAAAAAAUGUCCAAUUCUAUAAUCUUGCCACCUUUUUUUCCCCCCUUAAUACCACAGUUCAUCUACUUCCCUGACAAAGGAAAAUGGGAAUCAAAUCCUUCAGAAAUAAAAACUUGUUCCAAGUUGCCUUGUGUCUGCUGCUCUAAGCCUGAGGUCCUGAAGACUUUCAUCACAGGAUAGAACCUGACCAUCUCUUGAGACAAGACCUCUCUCAUCCUAUCCAGAAAACCCAGUCAAGCAGAACUGCAAUGACUACAUCCAAGACCUUCAGAGACAUGUGUGUAAUUCUCUCCCUGUCCCUUCACACCAGCCAACUGCUUUACCCUCUCGAUAAAAUGGGACAAUGAGUUGAGUCGUGGGGCCUCCCAGGUGAGGACCCUGUGCCUAAUUCACUUAGGAUACUCAUUUGAAGGCACCAGAAACUGCUAUCCAGCCCCAAGAAGAGGUGGCCAUACACACACUGAUCAUUUCAGGUUCAGGUUCAAGAGAUCUUUUGCUGCAUUUUUUUUUUUUAAACAUUUUUUUGGUUCUCUUUUUAGGCUGCAUCUGCAGCAUACGGAAGUUCUUAGGCUGGGGUUGAUUUGGAGCUGCAGCUGCCAGCCUACACCACAGCCACAGCAACACUGGAUCUGAGCCGCAUCUGUGACCUAAGCUACAGCUUGUGAGAAUGGUGGAUCUUUUUUUUUUUUUGUUUUUUGUUUUUCCCGGUCUUUUUGCCUUUUCUAGGGCUGCUCCCUCGGUAUAUGGAGGUUCCCAGGCCAGGGGUCUAAUCAGAGCUGUAGCCACAGACCUAUGCCAGAGCCACAGCAACAUGGGAUCUGAGCCGCAUCGCAACCUACACCACAGUUCACGGCAACACUGGGUCCCUAACCCACUGAGCAAGGCCAGGGAUCGAACCCGCAACCUCAUGGUUCCUAGUCGGAUUCGUUAACCACUGCACCACGAUGGGAACGCCGAGAAUGCUGGACCUUUAACCCACUGAGCAAACCUGCAUCAGGGACACUAUGUCGGGUUCUUAACCUGCUGAGCCAAAAUGGCAACUCACUUUGCUGCUUCUUUCUUUUUUUUCUUAUUGAUGCUCAGAGGUGCAUAAAGAAUGGAGAGGCCACUGGAACCUGAAUUCAUCAGAAAGUCUUAGAAGAUUGGGUGACUUUAGGACCUAAAAAGUUAUGAGACUAAAUUGACUUUUUCUCCUUUGGAACUAACAAUCACAUUUCUUUGUAGUGCCCACACUGACCCAAUCAAAAUGCUAACAGCUUCAGAAAUGUUACCUGUGGCCAAGUAAUUUGUUAUAGUAACAGUAAACAACACCUUUGGAUCUGGUACAUUAAAUGGUGAAUCUUUCACCAGCCUCCAAAGGGGAACUCAGAUCAGGUAAUAACCUCACUGCUACAGAUGCCAAGACAAAGACUGAUGCUUUAGGGUUCCCUGACUGAAGGAUGGUACAUAGAAACAGGGUUUUGAUGAUUAUAUGGAGUGACUGAUCCUGGAAUAACAAUGUUUUUUUUCCAGUCUUUAUCUGUUUUCCCAGCAAAGGGAAAAUGUGCAUGCUGUUCUCACAGGUGGAAAGGGGUAAAUGCUGAAAAAAAACUGUCAUGGAUCUUGUCAUUGCUUGACCAAAGAGCAGUGACCUGGACAAGUAACCUUUUAUUCUGGGCUGCAGGGUUUGCUUUUUACUCAAUGCACUGACAACCUGUCAGUGGUAUUUCUUCUUCAGUUCAGAUGAGCUAUGAAUGAGUAUCCAGCAUCGUCCCAGUUGUUGGUGAUGGGAACUAUUAGAAUGGGAUUUAAGAAUGAUCACAUUCAUAUUUUCUUGUGCUAAUAAGAUUAUUUCAGAGUCAGGCACCUACUUUAUGCAAGCUUAGCGUAUGACAGAAUUUGGCUAAUUCUGUAGCUUAGUAACUUUUCUAGCUAGAUUUGUUAUUUCUUAUAAUCUUACUUUUUAUAAAAGGCAAAAUAAAAACUUCUAAAAGUCUCCCUACCUUC